AUGGCCAAUUGUGCGCCGGCCAGUUGCAGGAUCGAGGCCAGCAGGCUGUUGCUGCUGCUUCUGCUCAUCCUGCAGUUCAUCGCGGCGACGCCAGCUGCCCGCAAUCCAAAUACAAACAACAACAACAACAACAACAACAACAUUUGGCGACGCGUUCGUCUGGUGACCAGCGUCAGCGCCAGUUCCACACAAGACCGGGAACGCAAUGCAUAUCAGCUGCUCAAGGCCAACAGCACAACAACCAGCACCACCACCACCACCACCACCAGCACCACUACGACGCCUGCGCCACGGCGUGCUGCCAAACAGCUGCUGCGUCGCGAGGAUCUCAAUGUGCCGGAGGGCAACAUUUCGAGCGCUGCGCGCCUGGAAAUGUCCACGGAGUUCUUUGUGGUGCCCACGCUCAGGCCAAGCACCAGUAGCAGCAGUAGCAUCCGCAAUGGCAGCAGUAGCAGCAGCACCACCACUGCAGCCACGCCCACGCGCAGUCAGGGCGCCCGUGCACGGGCUGCCAACACGCCGCGUGCCACACAGGGCGGCAGUGCCACACCGCCCAGCAUUGUGUCCACCACCCAGCUGCCAUUUGCGGGCCUCCGCAAGGAGGUUUGGGUGGUGCCGGUCCUGGUGCUGGCCAGCCUCACCAUGCUCAUGAUGGGCGCCUUUGAGAUCUUUGUGCUGUUCAAAGCCUGGCGCACCUCACCAUCGCGCCGCCAUCUGUUUCUGGGUCAAAUGCUGCUGCUGGGCUUGUUUGCCUGCGCCGGAUUGGGCGCCGUUAUCACGGCACAGCCCACGCUUCUCAGCUGUGGCGCCAUACGCUUUGGCGUGGGCGUGGCCUACGCAUUGGUAUUUGCUGCAUUGCUCGUCAAGUGCGUAUUCCUGAUCAGCCUCAAUGGCGGCGUCUAUUUGCCAGCACCGUACCAGGGCCUGUUGCUGCUCUUCGCGCUGCUCAUCCAGGUGGCCAUCGGUGCGCAGUGGCUGCUGACACAGCCACCAGAGAUUUACACGACCAGUGUGCCGGUGAUGGGCAGCGGUUUUCUAUCCACCACAGUUGCCUCACAGACAAACUACUCGGCGCUUUUCUACCCGACGUCCUACACAACGCUGGACGGCACGCCAGAGAUUUACACGAGAAUUGCGGCAGUGAGCACCGUUCUGAUACCGUUAUGCAAGACGCAAUUCUCGGAGCUGCUCUUCUCGCUGAUCUACAUUGUGUUCCUCAUUGUGUUCAUUGCGGUGCUGGCGAUUAAAUCGCGCGGCAUACGGGACAACUAUCGGGAGGCGACAUACAUUGGGUUGGCCAUCGGUGGCGCCAUACCCAUCUGGCUGGGCUGGAUGCUGUGCGGCUUGGCGGUCGCUGAGCGGCAUAAGGAUGCUUGUAUUGCAUUUGGAUUGGUGGCGACAUCGGCCACCGUUUUCCUGGUCAUGUUUAUGCCCAAGGGCAGGCAGUUGGCGGCCAUGGGUAAGGAGGGACUCUACGUUGAGGAUCGUGAGGAGCAGUUCAGUUCGCUGAGUCGUGCCGGUUCCGGCUAUUCGCCAUCCUUCUUUCACUUCAAGCCCAUCAAAUAUGGCGUCAUGAGCGGCUGUGGCUUGCCCAAUUCCGCAACGAAUACGGGCCAGGGACUCAGCUCCAAGCACUGCUCCAGUGCCAACAAUGGCGGAGCACAUUUGAGCGCGCACCCGUUCUGUUAUUACCCACCCGCACCACCACCACUACCACCACCGCCCGCACCGCCCACACAACUGGCCACACCGUUGACCCUCAAACAGCUGGGUAACUCGCUUACCUCCAUGACACAGGCGGCGCAGUUGGCCAAAACUCUGCGUUAUGCGCCAGGAAUGUUUAUACGACCAGAUGAAACGAAUCUUUAUACAACGCUGGAGCCGACAUUGAGCAGCAAUCCGAAUGUUUACUUCCAGCGCAGCGGCGCUGUACAUCCGGGCAUAUUGUACUGA